CACUUCACCAAUUGGACUAUCAUUCAUCUAAUCCAUCACAUCCUUUCCAAUUAUGGAGACAAUAAAAUACCUCAACCCUUCCAACUUCCACACAUAAAGUUUUGUGGUACUACUAUCAAAAUUUCCCUACCAACACCUACCUAUUAGAAUUUUCAUUAAUACUCCAAACACAAGCAAAAAUGGAGGAAGGGUUAGAUAAAGAUGAUGGUUUGAGAUCAAUAAGCAGCCUAAGGAUGAACAUUGGAUCUUCAAGUAGUAGAAGUUGGACAUCAACAAGUGUUCCAGCUGAAGUAUGGAGUGGUGAUCAAGUGUUUGAGAGGAAGAAUAAGAAGGAAGAUAUUGAUGAUGAAGAAGAGCUCAAGUGGGCAGCCAUAGAGAGGCUUCCUACUUUUGAAAGGCUAAGGAAAAGCAUUGUGAAACAAGCUAUAGAUAGUGGGAGAUUUAGUUAUGAAGAGGUUGAUAUAUCCAAGCUUGGUAUUCAUGAUAAGAAUAAACUCAUGGAUGGUAUACUAAGAACUAUUGAAGAAGAUAAUGAAAAGUUUCUCCUUAAGAUGAGGGAGAGGAUUCAUAGGGUUGAUAUAGAUAUACCAAAAGUUGAAGUGAGAUUUGAGAACUUGUUUGUUGAAGGAGAUGCAUUUAAUGGAAGCAGAGCAUUACCAACACUUGUAAAUUCCACCAUGAAUGCGAUUGAGGGAGUACUUGGAGCAAUCAAGCUUCUACCUUCAAAGAAAAGUGUCAUCAAAAUCCUAAAAGGUGUUAGUGGAAUUGUCAGGCCAGCAAGAGUGACAUUGCUAUUGGGACCUCCUGGAUCAGGAAAAACUACACUGCUGCAGGCACUUGCUGCUAAACUGGACAGAGAUUUAAGGGUAUCAGGAAGAGUCACUUACUGUGGUCAUGAGUUAUCAGAAUUUGUUCCUCAAAGAACAUGUGCAUAUAUUAGUCAACAUAAUCUUCAUCAUGGAGAGAUGACAGUAAGAGAGACUUUGGAUUUUUCGGGACGAUGCUUGGGAGUUGGAACAAGGCAUGACCUACUUGUCGAAACAACAAGGAGAGAAAAGCAAGCAGGAAUCAAACCUGAUCCAGAUAUAGAUGCAUUCAUGAAAGCCACAGCAAUGAGAGGUCAAGAAACAAGUUUGAUCACAGAUUAUGUUCUUAAGAUUCUUGGAUUGGAAAUGUGUGCUGAUACUAUGGUGGGAGAUGAGAUGAGAAGGGGAAUAUCCGGGGGAGAAAAAAAGCGGUUAACUACGGGUGAGAUGCUGGUAGGACCUGCAAAAGUUUUCUUAAUGGAUGAGAUCUCGACCGGUCUAGAUAGUUCUACAACCUUCCAAAUAGUCAGAUUCUUGAGACAGCUAGUUCAUAUCAUGGAUGUUACAAUGAUAAUCUCUCUUUUACAACCUGCACCAGAAACAUUUGAUCUUUUUGAUGACAUAAUCUUACUUUCAGAAGGUCAGAUUGUCUACCAAGGUCCUCGCGAACACGUUCUCAAUUUUUUUGAGAGCGUUGGAUUCAAAUGCCCGGAAAGGAAAGGAGUUGCAGAUUUCUUACAAGAGGUUACUUCUAGAAAGGAUCAAGAGCAGUACUGGUUCAUAAGGGACAAAACAUACCAUUAUAUCAGCGUUCCCGAGUUUGUAACUCACUUCAACAAUUAUAGCAUUGGACAACAGCUUUCUGAAGAGCUAGGUGUUCCUUAUGACCGUGCGAAAACUCAUCCUGCUGCAUUGGUUAAGGAUAAAUUUGGAAUCUCAAAACUAGAACUCUUCAAGGCAUGUUUUGCAAGAGAGUGGCUACUGACAAAGCGUAGCGCUUUUAUAUAUAUAUUUAAGACUACUCAGAUCAUGAUCAUGUCUUUGAUUGCUAUGACAGUGUUUUUUAGAACAGAAAUGAAAUAUGGUCAUCUUGAAGAUGGGAGAAAAUUUUAUGGUGCAUUAUUCUUCAGUUUGAUUAAUAUAAUGUUCAAUGGAAUGGCUGAGCUUGCAAUGACUAUUUUUAGACUUCCUGUUUUCUUCAAGCAGAGAGAUUUGUUAUUUUAUCCUGCUUGGGCUUUUGCACUUCCCAUAUGGAUCCUUAGAAUCCCUCUCUCUUUUCUGGAGUCAGGAUUAUGGGUUGUCCUUACUUAUUAUACCAUAGGGUUUGCUCCAGCUGCAAGUAGAUUUUUUCGUCAGUUAUUAGCAUUCUUCUGCGUUCAUCAAAUGGGUCUAUCUCUGUUCCGAUUCAUUGCUGCUCUUGGAAGAACAAUGGUUGUAGCAAGUACAUUUGGCACCUUUAUGCUGCUACUUGUUUUCUUACUUGGUGGCUUCAUUAUCGCCAGAGAUGACAUUGAACCAUGGAUGAUAUGGGGCUAUUAUGCUUCUCCUAUGAUGUAUGGUCAGAAUGCUAUUGCCAUCAAUGAGUUCCUUGACAAAAGAUGGAGUGCACCAAAUUUAGAUCCAAGAAUUCCUGAACCUACAGUUGGGAAGGCUCUUCUCAAGGCUAGAAGCAUGUUUACAGAAGAUUAUUGGUACUGGAUUUGUAUUGGUGCUCUCUUAGGCUUUUCACUGCUCUUCAACAUUUGUUUUAUCAUCGCCCUCACAUUUUUGAAUCCAUUUGGAGAUUCUAAAUCCAUUGCUCUAGAAGAGGAAAAUGAGAAAAAGGAAGCAACAAAUGAGAGUUAUGCUUCAAAAUCUAAAUUGUUGGAAAGCAUUGAAAUGGCAGAAAGAAAUACCUUAGAGAGUCCAAUUCUCAAAGCAGACACUGCAACAACCAAGAGGGGGAUGGUGUUACCUUUCAGGCCACAAUCACUUGCAUUUGAUCGCGUAAAUUACUACAUCAAUAUGCCAGCCGAAAUGAAAAAACAAGGAAUUGAAGAGGGUAGACUCCAAUUACUAAGAGAUGUAAGUGGUGCUUUCAGGCCUGGAGUACUAACGGCAUUAGUUGGUGUAACUGGUGCUGGAAAAACCACACUAAUGGAUGUUCUUGCUGGAAGAAAAACUGGUGGUUAUAUUGAAGGGAGCAUUAGCGUAUCUGGUUAUCCAAAGAACCAAGCAACUUUUGCACGAAUCAGUGGAUACUGUGAACAAAACGAUAUUCACUCUCCAAAUCUUACAGUCUAUGAAUCUAUUGUUUUUUCAGCUUGGCUACGUCUCAGUAAGGAGGUCAACAAAGAAACACAGAAGAUGUUUGUUGAGGAAGUUAUGAAGCUUGUUGAGCUACAACCAGUGAGGAAUUUUUUAGUAGGCCUUCCUGGCAUAGAUGGUUUAUCAACAGAACAAAGAAAGAGACUCACCAUUGCUGUAGAAUUGGUUGCCAAUCCUUCAAUCAUCUUUAUGGAUGAGCCUACAUCAGGCCUUGAUGCCAGAGCUGCAGCAAUUGUUAUGCGUACUGUCAGAAAUACAGCGGAUACAGGGAGAACUGUGGUCUGCACAAUUCACCAACCAAGCAUUGAUAUAUUUGAAUCUUUUGAUGAGCUGCUUUUGAUGAAGAGAGGAGGACAAAUAAUAUACAGUGGUCCCCUUGGACAACAAUCUCAGAAGCUUAUUAAGUACUUUGAGGCUAUUCCAGGAAUACCUAGGAUUAAAGAUGGACAUAAUCCUGCCACAUGGAUGUUGGAGAUCAGUUCUCCAAUAGUUGAGUCUCAGCUUAGUGUAGACUUUGCAGAUUUGUAUAUUAAGUCAGAAUUGUAUCAGACGAAUGAAGAACUUAUUAAAGAGCUAAGUGCACCAGUACCAGGAACAAAAGAUAUUAAUUUCGCUACUAAACACUCCCGUUCUUUUAUUACUCAAUGCAAAGGUUGCUUCUGGAAACAGCGAUGGUCCUACUGGAGGAAUCCUCAAUAUAACGCCACCCGGUUCUUUAUGUCACUAACUGUAGGUGUCAUUUUUGGACUCGUUUUCUGGAACAAAGGAGAUAAAAUACACAAGGAACAGGAUCUUUUGAAUUUAACAGGAGCUAUGUAUUCAGCUAUUUUAUUUCUUGGAGCCACCAACACUUCCUCGGUUCAACCUGUCGUAGCAGUAGAAAGAACAGUCUUCUACCGUGAAAGAGCCGCCGGAAUGUACUCAGCUCUCCCUUAUGCAAUUGCUCAGGUAGCAAUAGAAUGUAUAUACGUUGCAAUCCAAACACUAGCGUAUACCCUUAUCCUUUACUCAAUGAUGGGGUUCCCUUGGCAAGCUGACAAGUUCAUCUGGUUCUACUACUUUAUAUUCAUGUCCUUUGUCUACUUCACACUUUAUGGAAUGAUGACUGUGGCUCUGACACCGAACUACCAAAUUGCUGCAAUUGUUAUGUCCUUCUUUCUAAUGUUCUGGAACAUAUUCUCAGGUUUCGUGAUCCCCAAAUCGCAAAUUCCAAUAUGGUGGAGAUGGUAUUAUUGGGCGUGUCCGACUGCUUGGACCGUAUAUGGUCUACUGACAUCACAGUUGGGUGACAAAGAGACUCUAAUUGAGGUACCUGGAGCUGGAACAAUAUCAGUAAAAGCAUACCUCAAGAAAGAGAUGGGCUUUGAAUAUGACUUCCUUGGAGCUGUUGCUGUGGCUCACGUUGCUUUUGUAGUUAUGUUUCUUUUUGUAUUUGCUUAUGGCAUCAAAGUCUUUAAUUUCCAGAAGAGGUAAAUAAUACAGAAUGAAAAACAGAAAGAGCCAAUAGAAAUGAAGAACAAAUGAAAGAGAGAUAUUUAAACUUAAAGAUUUCUGUAUCAUAAAUAGCUUGAAUAAACAAAUAUAUUUUUGGCUUUCAUUA